AAAGCUAAAGAAAACUAAAGAGAAAAAAGGAGUGUCAAUUUGAUAGCUAGUGUGGCAGCUCUCAAAUUCCUAAUACAAAUACAAAUCCAUCUAGAUCAAUUUCCUAUUGUUGUUGGCGUAACAGUUUCGAAUUCUAUCAGACGAUUUUGGCGUUAUAAAUCGAAUCACAAACUCGUAGGGCCCUGUUAACUCUGUGGUCGACGCACGAACAGGGAAUAUGGAGCCGCCGGCGACAGUUGGUGACGGCGGCGGAGGCGGAGCAAGGCGCCAGCACCAGCAGCAACAGCAGGGGGCGGGUAGUAUGUUGACGGGGAUAAUUAGGGUGGCGGUGUUCUGGUACUUUGCGUCCAAAUUCUUCGGACCCAAGCGACCGCCGCCGCAAUCCUCUCACCAGAUCUCCAAUCUAUUUCACAAGGGGGAACCUCUGGAUAUGUGGUUAUAUAUUUCCGAGCAGGAGAAAUUUAAUGACUUCGGCAGUGAGGGAGCCCUUGUCUGGCAAGAGACAAGCAUACCUUAUGCUGUUUGGACAGCAGAUAGUACCAGAACUCUAUCCUUGAAGUAUUAUCCUUCUGAGGUGGCUUUAAAGCACAAUGGGAGUCUUUAUGCUCAUGUUUUCUUUGCUAGGUCUGGCUAUCCGCCAGACCCCAAGGACCCUGAGUUCCAACCUUUGGCUGCAUUUGGGAGAACCCACCCUUUGGUGACAUAUUUGCCAAAAAAGACUGACAAGAAGAAGAGUCUUUUAGGGAACUCCAAGGACGCUGUAGAUGAUGAAAAGGCCACCGAGGGACCCAAUGAUUCUAAUGAUGAUGACAAAGAGGAUGGACCAGUUGAAUGGAUGUCAUAUUGGAAACCUAAUGUUACCAUAAAUCUGGUUGAUGAUUUUACCAGAUACUCACAGAAUGCAGUUCCGCCACAUAUUGCUCCUCGUAUCCUUGGUUUUUCUCCAGUUGUUCUCUCAUAUGUCUUGUUCUCCAAGAGGAGAAAACUCUUGUGUAGAAUGAAGUUAAUACCGGUCAAUGAGACAGUGAAUGAAUUGCCUCUGAAUCUAGAGGUUGGCCCCAUUAGCAUGACCAAAUGGCAGCUAUACCUACAGAUUGACCAGUCAUUCCAGAUUCAUAGGAAUUAUGGGAGCAUGCUCGAAGGUGAAGCUGAUGAACUUAAGAGAGUUUUUCUGGAAGGAAAUCCUUAUCUUUUGGCAAUUACAAUGGUUGUUUCAGUACUUCACUCUCUGUUCGACUUCUUGGCUUUUAAGAACGAUAUUCAGUUCUGGAAUAAAAACAAGUCCAUGGAGGGAUUAUCUGCAAAAUCCGUUGUCGUAAAUUUCUUUUGUCAGCUUAUAGUUUUCCUAUAUCUGCUUGACAAUGAAACUUCGUGGAUGAUACUUGCAAGUUCUGGUAUUGGCUGCUGCAUUGAGUUCUGGAAAAUAGGAAAAGCCAUGCACAUUGAGAUUGAUAGAUCUGGUGUGAUACCUAGGCUGAGGUUCCGUGACCGUGAGUCAUAUGCUAGUAACAAGACUAAAGAAUAUGAUGAUAUUGCAAUGAAGUACUUGACAUAUGUUCUCUUCUUUCUCGCCGUCUGUUUCUCUAUUUAUUCUCUGAAGUAUGAACGACACAAGAGUUGGUACUCUUGGAUUCUCUCAUCCCUCACGAGCUGCGUCUACAUGUUUGGUUUUAUUAUGAUGUGCCCACAACUGUUCAUUAAUUAUAAGCUAAAGUCCGUUGCACAUAUGCCUUGGAGGCAGAUGACGUACAAAUUCCUGAACACGAUCAUUGAUGAUCUCUUUGCAUUUGUCAUUAAGAUGCCGAUCCUUCAUCGACUUUCUGUCUUCCGUGAUGAUGUUAUAUUCUUGAUAUACCUUUAUCAAAGAUGGAUCUACCCAGUGGACAAGAAACGAGUGAAUGAAUUUGGUUUUGGUGGCGAGGAUGAACAGGCCACGACAAGCACGCAGACGCAGGCAAUUGAGCAGAGUGAAGAAGAGAAGAAAACUAACUGAGCUCGAUGUUAUCGAGCAAAAGAUCGUUGGCCUAUUAACUCAAAAAACGUAAUUUUGUUAUGAGAUUUUUUGUUGUUUGUUUACUUGAGACCGACCGUUGCCUGGAUCACCUCUACGAAUGCAUUGUUUUUUAAUGGGUUGUUUGUUAGAUUUUAUUGUUUAGUAGACUUGUGUUGGGCAUCUCUCAGUUGGGUAAACA